AACAAAUUGUAAUCAUUAGACUUUUCCAGUUUCUUACUUUUAACCUCGACCCCGAACAAUGUGCGAAGUUAUCGUAUUAUUCGAUGGAUAUUCCACGAAACUUCCGGACGGAACAAUGAAAGCAAAUUGUUCUUGUACAUUAAUAAAAGCAUCGAAAAAUAUUAUCGUUGAUACUAUGACGGCUUGGGACCGCGAGAAAAUAAUACAAGCGCUUGUUCAACAUAAUAUUACACCCGAGGAAAUUGAUUAUGUCGUUUGUAGCCACAGUCAUCCGGAUCAUAUAGGAAACAACAAUCUUUUUAUGAAUGCAGAACAUAUAAUUGGAAUCUGUGUCAAUCGUGGCGACAUGUUUUUUACAACAGAUUUGGCAUGCGGAGAAUAUAAACUGUGCCCAGAAGUUAAAGUUGUAACCACUCCUGGCCAUACAUCAGAUGAUGUUACAGUAUGGGUUGAGAGUAUAGUUUCUGGAAAAUCUACACAUUUUGCUAUAACAGGAGAUUUGUUUGAAAAGGAAGAAGACAUUUUAGAUCCAUCAAUUUGGAAAGACCUAGGAACUGAAGAAUUACAGAAGACUCAAUCGAAUAUGAGAGCUUCUGUUAUAAAUUUGGCAGAUUUUAUAAUACCUGGGCAUGGACCGAUGUUUCGUGUCACAGAUAGCAUGAGAAAGAUUGUUAAAGAUCAAAUAAUUGAAUAAUAUAAUAUAAUAACGUUCUCCGAGCUAGAAUAAAUUUUGUUUUUCAAGCAGAGGCAAAGGUAUUGCUUUCUGUAUCUGCUUGAACAGAAGGAGCCUGUGUUAUUUCUGACACACGACCAAUCGGUGUCUCAAGUUACAAACGAGAUAUCAAAACAGAAAAGUAAAAUUUUUGUAUUUUUUAUAUAUUUUAUAUCUAUAAAAAAAGAUUGUUUUGAUUGAAUCUGUGAGUUUGUUACAAUGAUGAUGAUAUCAACACACAAACAUAUUUGAAUGAUUUUAAAUUACACAAAUAAUUAGGAAUGGUCGAAUAGCAUAAUAGCAUUAGGCGAUACCGUUCAAAAGAAUCAAUACCCAAAGAUUGAUUAUUUUUAAAAAGAAUUAAAGAAUCGAUGGACGAAGAAUAAAAGAAGUUUUGAUUUUAAAUUUGUACAUAGAUCGUAACUAAGAAAAAUU